AUGUCUGUCAGUGCAUGUGCAACCGAGGGAGAAACUUGCAUGAGCAGCCUUUGCUGCCAAGGUUUUACUUGUAUUAUGUAUGGUAUGGAUGGAAACAGCUGGUCAAGUCGGUUCAAGAGGCUCAUGACGAGUAAUUCGGUUGUGUUCAAGUCUACGGUAUAUCCUGAAUGGUUCACCCACCGUAUCGCCCCCUGGGUGCACUAUGUCCCCAUCCAAGUCGACUACUCAGACCUGUACGACGCGCUCCUCUUCUUCCACGGGGACCCGAGCGGGCAUGGUGCGCAUGAAGACCUUGCAAAGAAGAUUGCGAGGAGAGGGAGGGAGUGGAGUUUGAGUUUUUGGAGGAAGGAGGAUAUGGUGGCUUAUUUAUAUAGAUUAUUUCUCGAGUACACAAGAGUCAUGGACUCGGAUCGGGAUUCGCUUGAUUUCGAGUUGGAGGAAUCGUAGGGUUUAGAUUGGAAUCGAGACAGAGACUUCUAGAACAGCAUCCUUGCGUGUCUCAGAUAGUAGACACAGCACACACGCUUAUACCUCGCACACCACGCGUGUUUGCAUACCUCAUCACGUACUUAUUCCUACACCGCACGCACGCACACACGCACUUUACUGCACUACCCCACAUUGUACCAAUCCCGGUGCUGGUCAUUGAUGUACUUUACGCUACUCUAUGCGCCGCGUGCACUUGGGCUGCGCGUUUAUUGUGUACGCAUAUUUUAUACCCGUCUAGUGACUAAGAAGCGUGGAUACCAAUUGUAUAUCU